GAAUUGUGGCCAAUUAAGGUCAAAAGUCAAUAUUUGUCUUCCCACUUUCGAACUCUUUUCUUCACCACCAUCAUUUUACUUUGGUAAACUUGGGUUGACUUUCUUUUUCUUUUUUGGAGGAAUAAUGUACAGCGUAGCAAAGAUGUAUUUUCAGUGAAGCGCAUACAUUUAUUUAUAAAACACUGUCUAAUUUUACACGCUGCUUUACAGCUUUGGUUUUAGUUACUUUAUGCACGAUUCUAUAAAUAUAAUCUGUAACAAGACAAAGCCUGUUCAUGGUCUACGAUAAGGUUUAAGGACGUUUUAUGACGAACACUCGUAUUGUUUUCUUUAAGAUGAGAUGUUCAAGGGAAGGAUGAAAUGUGGGUUAAAAACUGGGUUAGACGUAAAUGUGGGUUUGAUGUGACUGUAUCGUGUGCCAGAGAAACAGAGAGCAAGAAGUUACUGUUUCUAGUUAUGAUGGGCUUAAUGUUGCCGCUAAUGUUUGAUUGUGAAAGCACAGAAAGUAGUGACUUUCUUUCUUCUUUCUUCGUUUUUAUCUAUCAUUUGUGUUUCUUAAUAUGCGGCUUAAAAAUACAAAAUAGAUUCAAAUCAAUUGGAAAUCACACAGAAUAAGAAUUAAAUUCAGAUACAUUUAUGAAGAAGCCAUUUUCUUUCUCCGCAUUCAGCGGAUAUUUCGCGUUUGACUUUUGUUUAUUAAAAUUCCGACUGUACAGGAAGCUCGUGAAGCAGCAAUGUCUGCGCGCUUCAGCUAACCGCCAUGCAUCUGCGGCUUACGACAUUACAGCGCGUGAGGGAGUUGUACAGUAAACGUGGGCGGGGACAUCGCAGCUGAGCAAAUACGUCACAAACAUGAAGGACAGAAACCAGUGUUAGCGAGCCCGAACUCCGCCGCUGCCCGUUGUGUCGAUCUGACCGGGAUGGACUUCGUCUUGGGCGGCGCGGCGGCCUGCGGAGCGUGUCUCUUCACCAACCCGUUGGAGGUCGUCAAGACGCGGAUGCAACUUCAAGGGGAAAUGAAGAGCCGCGGCACCUACCGGGUUUACUAUCGCAACGUCUUCCACGCUUUCUACACUAUCGGUAAAGUGGACGGACUGGCCGGCUUGCAGAAAGGGCUGGUCCCCGGGCUGUUUUAUCAGUUCUUCAUGAAUGGAGUCCGGCUCGGCUCCUACGCCAUCAUUGAGUCGGCAGGUUACAUCCACACCAACGGAAGGGUCAGCGCGGUGAAAACCACGUUAGCGGGAGCCAGUGCUGGGGUGGUGGGCGCCAUCAUGGGCAGCCCUGUGUACCUGGUGAAGACACAUCUGCAGAGUCAGUCUACCUCCUCCAUCGCAGUGGGACAUCAGCACAGACACGAGGGGAUGAUCCAUGCUCUCAAAGUCAUCUACAGGCAGCAUGGCAUUCUGGGACUGUGGAGGGGCUCCAGUGCUGCUAUACCAAGGGUCAGCAUUGGCUCUGCGACCCAGCUCUCAACUUUCUCCUCCUCUAAGGAGCUAGUCAUCGACCUAAAGGUUUUCCCGCAGGACAGCUGGUUGGUGCCUCUUAGUGCCGGCAUGAUCAGCAGCGUGAUGGUGGUGCUGGCAAUGACGCCUUUCGAUGUGGUUAGCACGCGACUCUACAACCAGCCUGUCGACCAUAUGGGAAAAGGGCAGCUGUACAAAGGAUUCAGUGACUGCUUCUCCAAGACUCUGAAAAAGGAGGGCCUCACAGGACUCUACAAAGGCCUGGGAGCCUCUUAUUUCCGACUCGGCCCACACACCAUCCUGUCUCUGUUCUUCUGGGAUGAGCUGCGCAAAUUGCACCAGAAGCUCAGAUAACAUCAGGGAAACCAGAGAAAAAAAAAUGGGUAAUUCAUUAUGCAGAGGUGAAAUGAAUCUUCAUUCAAGGAGGCAGAGGAAAAACUAGGAGCUGAUCUGUUUACUUAUUUUUACUGCGAAGGAGCAAAGGUUACCUUUAACACUCCAUCGAGAAAGCACAUUAAACCCGAAAUAUGGAAUUAGAUCUGAAACUUCACCCAGAAGCUCAAUCAUUAAUGGAACCGUCUUGAUUUGUCACAUUGUUAUGUGUGCACAGACAAAAACACACGCAGUAUGUCAUAUAGGCAAACACAUCUACCCCUUAUGACUCUAAUUACAUCAUUCCAAUGCAUUUCAAAUGUGCACUUUAUGCAUUAUGAAGAAAGCAUCACAUGAGCCAGUGUGGCAGCCAAAUAAUUUCUACUGUCUGAAUAGACCUGUGAUCCCGUCGCAGCCUGACUUUGACCCCGUCUGACUCACCGUGUUAUGUUGAAACAGCGUAAUGCUUUAAUUGCUGAGGGAAAAUCUCUCCUCAGUGCAAGUGCUGCUUGUUAAACCUGAAUUCCUUGAAUUAGUUUCUGAAGAGUUUGUGAUGAAGUGCAAAAAAGAAAGAAUUGUUAUUUAAAGUGGUCAAAUAAAAAAAUAAACGUGUAUAUAGAAACUAGAGGCUAAACUGAUUUGUUGCAGGAUCGUUAGUGGGAGAAAAAAAAUCACAGAAAAAUCCUUUGAAGUGUCCAGAGUGGGAGAAGUAAAACGGAUCCAGUGCUGAUCCAUGGAAAUUUUUUAAAACGGGAACUGAAACUAAAAGAAAUGUAUCUUCCCUUUUUCCAUUCUCAGGGUGCUGUGUUUCCUAUGUGAUGGGCUACCUCUUUUAUACAUUAUGAAAUCAACUAAUUUCACUGAGGCGAAAAGCCAUGAUGUGUAUUAACAACAGACAGGACCAAGAGUUGUAAAAACUCUGUAAAAGAAACAAAAGUUGCCUGAAAGAAAUGUCAAAAUAGUUUUAGGUGAUUGAGUGAUACAUGUGUCAUGCAGCAUCAGUUUUUAUUAUACAGUACUUGCCAAUGGUAAUGAAUGAACGUUUAUUACUAAAUUCUUGUUUUCCAUAACCAGAGCUUGAUUUUUCAUUUUAGCGUAAAACCUUCUUUUCCUGUGGAUGAAAUUUUUUCGUUACAAUUUUCCCAGAUUUUCAGCAAUUGUGCUGAGUACUUUGAAAAUGCCUAAACACUUACAAGUUAGAGGACUUAUUUUUGUUACUCUGAAGGCAUAUUUAAUAUGAUGCAAUAACGAUUUUUGUGCCUUAAAAAUUCAUCCAGGGCAUAAAUGACAAUCCAUGUUUGUUUAUCCUUGGGUCAGGUCAGCAGGGGGGCUGGUGUCUGUCUCCAUAUUGUCGAGAGACAUCUUGGACAUAAGUUGUCCACUUUUUUAUUUAAGUGACAUUUCACUUUAGGCUAACUGUUUAAUUUUUUUAUUACAGAUUAAAUAACAGCUAUAAAUUUAGCAACAUUUUAAAACAAAACUGAGCUUUAUUAUUCAUCCCUGACCCGUGUCGGUCUGUUUCACUGCCUUCAGCAGAUCCACAUCAUCAGAACAACUCUCAUCAGAGGACAAUCUGGAACAUGCUUUGUUAUCCUCUACAGAAGGGUUUCCAAAGCUGAUGUCUCAUCUGUCAGGCAGAUUUGGUGCUUUUUUAAUAACAUGUAGGUUCCACCUACAAGUAGGGGUAGCCGAUAAAUAGGCCAGCCGAUAAAAUGUGGAUUUCCUCGGCCGAUACUAAAAUGUGAAGCGGAGCUUAUUUACCGAUCUUAUCUACCUCAGCAAAAGUCAAAUUCCUCUGCCUCUUGUCUUCUGCUGCGCUGCUGUGACACCUGCCAAAAUUGGAAUCGGCAGGUCAGGCUUUUUAAAGAUCGGCGAUCGGCCAGAAAACUGCAAUCAGUGCACCCCUACCUCCAAGAGUCAUAAAUGUAAUGAGCUGUGUUAAAGCUCUUUGUGAUUUCUCUCUUUGUGUGCGUAAAGGAAGCGGGAGGUAUAGUGAGAUUUGUUGAAGUAAAUUAGAUUUUUGGCCAUUUGAUUCGAAGCAGACCUGUUGCCAUUUUCUCUACUUUUAAAAAGUAGCUUGGCUAUAUUACGCAGAGCUUCUUUGAGACUAUGAAUGAUUCCCUGUGAGGGCUUUUAUGUAUGCAAGACUAUGUAUUAAUAUUUUGUUUAGCAGAAUUGUGUAAAUGAAGACUAGUGUGUUACAUACCUUUUAAAGACAAUAUGACCAGAAAGGAUCAGAAAUCUGUUAUAUAUAGAUAUAAUAUAUUAUAUCUAUGUUCCAUAAAAAAAUACACUGAGCUAUUAUUAAGAGUAUGCUGACAAAUCAUAAUAUUUAUUUUUAUGCCAUACUGCUGAGAGCUCCUUGACUUAAGAGUUACACUCUGUCUCCUCUUCACAUCUGUAGCAUCCAGUGUAAAAAUGUAAAAAAAAAACCUUAUAAUUUAGGUUCAUCUCCUUAAUAUUUGGCAGCAGUAUAAUCUCACACAGAAAAGGAACAAACUCCCACCUCUAACGCCCUAAGUUAGCAUUGCUAAAAUGCACAGUCAGCACAACGAUGGAGGCAGUUUAAAAAAAAUUUAAAAUCUCUGCUUAAGAACUGUAACGAAUUUCUCAGGGAGAAAUAAUGCUAGUCAUUAGGCUUUGUACGAAUCUUUGUCAAGGGUACAAACAAAUGUGGAGGUUGCUAUUCAUAGAGCCGAGCUGUUUUGGUUGUAAUGUCGUAGAUGCAGUCUUGAGUACUAUAAUCCAGCGUGUUAAUCCUUAAUCCCCAUCGUGAAUGUCUGCUUGAUCUCGAUUGUGGUAGUCUAAAAAUACACAUCGCAGCAGUGGAGGAAGAGUGGGUGAAGAAGGUCAAAAUGAACCUCUAUAAAAUCUAAAAAAAGCAGCUAUUCUGAACUUUCAAUCAAGAAGUCAGGAUAUUGUGCCAACUUGCCUAAAAAAAGAGCAAAUGUUUGUCUUUUAAGGGAUUUUGCCUGUUUUAGGAUCUUCAAACAUGACAUAAACACUGCAAAGACGUAACAAGACUUCAUUCACACAAAACGAUUCUUCGUCUGAAACAUAUUCAUUCAUAUGAAAGAUGGGUCUCAUGUAAUAAAGACAAAGCUGAGGCUUUUUUUCAGUCGAUGUGUAACAACAGACUCGUCCAUUUUCUCUUGAUGAUGGACAUGUAGAGCAAAUAAAGGAUUUUUUUUAUUGA